GGAGCUUAAAGUUAUGGUCUAUAUAAACCCUCGAGUGGUCUGGCUUCAGAUUUUCAACCACCAUUCAAUUUUCUAUAAAGAGAUAACAAACUUCAGAAACUUCUAGGGCCAUUUUUAUUCCGGUGCAUCCUAAUCAUGAUAUCUGUUGUAAUCAUCACUGAGUUACUUUUGGAGUACACGACGGCUCUUGCUAAACUCACCGCCGGGGUUCUUCCGAGACGGCAAGGCGACAGAAAUGUUAUACGUAUUGGCGGUUUCUCUCUGCCUUGUCCUCCUAGAUCCUCACCUGUUCCAGAUUUUUCUUCUCAUCUUGUCGAUUUCUGAACUCUGCGCUACGCCUUAAUCUCAAUUUUGGUUUUUCACCGGAGAUUAUGACUGCCAAGACUUUUUUCCCGGCGUCUGAUCUCUCCGUCUGUAGAAUACCUUUUUUGUAUUUUCUUAAAUUUUUUGUUUUGUUCCUGAAUUUUGAAUGGCUCAGAGUUGUAAAAGAUGUAUCGAAUUAUAAUAGAGACUAUGAUUUAACUCUUCAUCUUCCUGCCCUGUGUUAUUAGAAGCUGAUAAUUAAUCAUGUUUUAACAUAAAGAUAAACGCAUUUGUCUGUUUAGGUUUGUUAACUGCCUCUUAACUCAUUAUUAGGCUACUGAUUGUAUUUCGAUUCGUUGUGUUUGAGAGUAACAAAUGAGUGUACUAACUUGUUUUUUAAAAAAUUAUCG